GGAGCUGCACGGGCUUCGGCAUGGCGGAGGUGGACCUAGAGUCGGAUCAGAUCCGACUGAAGUGCAUCCGUAAGGAAGGUUUCUUCACCGUGCCUCCAGAACACAGGGAAGGUAGCCAGAAUUUCGACAACGUUGACAAGGAAUCGCAUGCCACACGCCGGUGGUGGAGGGACGUGCAGAGCGGACAGGAAGGCUGGGAAGAUGCCGGAGCGUUAAGGAGUUUGAGAAGCUGAACCGAAUUGGCGAGGGCACCUACGGCAUUGUGUAUCGGGCCCGGGAUACCCAGACAGAUGAAAUUGUUGCCCUGAAGAAGGUGCGGAUGGACAAAGAAAAGGAUGGCAUUCCCAUCAGCAGCCUGCGUGAGAUCACGUUGCUCUUGCGUCUCCGCCAUCCAAAUAUCGUGGAGCUGAAGGAGGUGGUGGUGGGCAACCACCUGGAGAGCAUCUUCCUGGUGAUGGGUUACUGUGAGCAAGAUCUGGCCAGCCUGUUGGAAAAUAUGCCAACACCAUUCUCCGAGGCCCAGGUUAAAUGCAUCGUGCUCCAGGUGCUCCGUGGCCUUCAGUACCUGCACAGGAACUUCAUCAUCCACAGGGACCUGAAGGUGUCCAACUUGCUCAUGACAGAUAAGGGCUGUGUAAAGACAGCGGAUUUUGGCCUGGCCCGGGCCUAUGGUGUUCCAGUAAAGCCGAUGACUCCCAAGGUUGUUACCCUCUGGUACCGAGCCCCAGAGCUGCUGCUUGGAACGACUACCCAGACUACCAGCAUUGACAUGUGGGCUGUUGGCUGCAUCCUGGCAGAGCUGCUGGCCCAUAAACCCCUUCUCCCUGGCACUUCUGAGAUCCACCAGAUCGACUUGAUUGUACAGCUGCUGGGGACACCGAGUGAGAAUAUCUGGCCGGGUUUCUCCAAGCUGCCGCUGGCCGGCCAAUACAGCUUGAGGAAACAGCCCUACAACAAUCUCAAGCACAAGUUCCCGUGGCUCUCAGAGGCCGGACUUCGUCUGCUCAAUUUCCUCUUCAUGUACGACCCUAAGAAAAGGGCAACCGCGGGGGACUGUCUGGAGAGCUCCUACUUCAAAGAGAAGCCCUUACCCUGCGAGCCGGAACUCAUGCCCACCUUUCCCCACCACCGCAAUAAGCGCGCUGCCCCAGCUGCCACUGAGGGGCAGAGCAAACGAUGCAAGCCCUGACGGUGGGUUCGGCCCAUCCCUGCACAUCCUCAUGGAU